AUGAUUCGCUUUUUCUGGUUUGCUUUCCUUUUUAUCGCUGUCGUUUUGGAGACAGCAAAUGGCUCCAAGCCUCCUAACAUAGUACUGACUGUCAUUGAUGAUCUGGGUUGGAGUGAUGUGGGAUUUCAAGGAUCUGUUAUUCAUACUCCAAACAUCAACAGACUGGCAGCUGAGGGCGUCAUAUUGGACAACUACUAUGUACAGCCUCUAUGUACGCCAACCCGAAGUACCCUGAUGACUGGAAGGUACCCCAUACAUACAGGUGAUCCUGAAUAGAGCCGUAUGUUUGAUUUUGAAAAAGCUACAAUGCCAAAUUUAAGACUUGUCACGCUUUGAACACGCUGUGUGAAAAACGGUCUCAUAGGAGCCUGUUCACAUGCUGUCACGCAACGCAAGCAUACCGGGUUUUUUUUUUACCGCGCCACAAUGUUAUACAAUAUAGUAUUUUCUUCAGGGGCUCGUAUAGGGGAGGGUGGCUCGAAAUUGAGAGCUACCCCUCGCUGUUUUUACUGCUCACGGCUUAUCUUUGUGCCGCCUCCAUUAUCUGAACGUCUGGAACAGGCCAUUGCUUUACCCGCGUCCCAAAUUUCGGAUAGCUAUGUACCGCCUAGGGUCUUGCUUAAACCCUGACCCAAUUUUUAAAAGAAUGAGUGAAAAAAAAUGAUACCCUAUUUAAAGUGGCCCAAACCCAAAAAAUGACAUCCUAUUCAAAGGUGAAUAAAAUAUGAAUUUAAGCGACACACAAACCGUUAAUAAAAAAACGAGAAACAAACGAAAAAGGAGGUGUCUUACAAGCAAGUUAAAUAGCAAAGUCUUUUACCCCCAAGGUCGCUUAUUCAAACGAAGUCUAACUAAGGCCCCGGUUAGGAAAUCUUUGGACCUCCAGAUCUCUUCCUUAGAGGGUAGUUUUAAGAAAAUAAGUGCUUUUCCAGUCUACGCCUCAUGUUUUCAUGAAACUUUUUACGACAAAUGGUGUUAAGAUAAAAACAUUGGACGAACUGAAAAUGGCUUAGAACGCGAUUUUGUUUAACACUGGCUAAACUCCGUUUACGUAACUAGCCCUGCAGUGUUUCUAUGUCACUCACCUUUCAGUCUUCCAAGGCCCAGAUACCGCUGUCACAGUGAUUUAGGUUUUCCUCCCGCUAGGUUUCCCCAUGCACCUUUCAUGGAUCUGAAUUUUCCAUGUGAUUCAUGGUUAACUUCAAUCUGCAGAAGGGUUCAAAUGGGCCCUUAAAACGCGCGAGAAGGGAGAACAGGGCGGAUAAAGGUUGGGCGAUAAAACUAACGGUUCACGGCCUCACACCAUUUUGCCCGGACACGCUCGUUUCAUCGCCCAACCUUUAUCCGCCUACUAUCUCCUCCGUAGAGGCCUCUUUGUGUCGAAGAGAGGCUAGGGAGAAAAAAAAGAAAGCGCGCGGGGCACGAUGGCAAGGAGAAAAAAGUAAUGCCCUUUACUCUCUCUUCCCAUUAAUUCUCGCGUGUUUACAACUCUUUUGUCUCUGCUAGUAAAAGCCUCCGAAGUGGGAAAUAACGUUACGCCAUGAUAACAUUAAACCACUUUUAAGUAGUCUCUUCUAGGCGUUCUUCCCAUCGUCCCAUCGUCCCCUGCACGCUUGCUAUUUUUCGAUUAUUACUAUUUUUAGUGGGAUACCCAGGGGGAGCCUCUGCGGAGGAGAGAGAUCCACCCCGGGGGGAGAACGUACGUGAUGCGGCUAUCUCUGUUUCUUUGCUUUCCAGGGCUGCAGCACUUUGUGAUUGAGCCUCCGGAGCCUUACGGUUUGCCCCUGAAUUUCAAAACUUUGCCAGAAACAUUACGAGACGCUGGUAAGAAACGGUUUAACUUUAUUAUGUGCACUCUACCGAUUUGAGAACGGAAAAAACAGGCGCCCAAAUACAGGAUUUUGUGCAACUCAAUCCAACAUUUAAUAUCAAAUAAUUUUUGGGAGAUUUAGCCUCAAAAUGCCGAGCGAAAGAUUUUUGUUUUACAGUUGAAAUAUUCUAUAUUACCUCUCCCGGCUCAGUUGUGUCAAUGUCACUUCAGUGUUCAAGUAUUGUUUAACCUUCGUAAAUUUCUCUCGUUCGUUGAUUAACCUUUUAAGCCCCAAUAUCCACAUACAAAUUCUCCAAACUGAUCUCCAUACAUUUCUUUAAAGGGUUAGUUGAGAGAAUUGAUUAUAGAUCAAGACAUUUUCUCUUUGGUGAUCAUUUUAUUAAUUCUCAUAACUUAUCUCUUGAAAGUGUAUGGAUAACUGUUAAGAGAAAAUUGAUCUUGGACACUAUUGGGACUCAAACGGUUAAUCAACGGAGUAGCGAUACUAAUUAUUAAAGAUAUUUUUGGCCACCGAAACAGAGUUGGUCCCCGUGACUCCUUGAUGACUUGACCUUGCCUCUUAAGUUUCAGGUUUUUAUAGUGCCUUGUUUAUUGGAUAGCCUGUGUGACAACCGUUAAUUCUUGUGCAUGCAAGCCACUUCUUAAUUUUGGGCGAGGGGAAUAAUUAGCAGGGAGUGAGAGGAGAGGGAAAAGAAACCCCCCUCCCCCCUCCCCCCUCAUGUUUUUUCUGCUCACCUCAGCUUUUAACAGCAACGAAUGAGGGACAGAGCUUAGUCGUUUGAUGUCACCUCAGGACAGCCACUCUGUUUGGAUAGCACAAGGACAACUUUGAAAAAGCGCAUGCUCUUUGGGUUUGUAUUCUCAUAGGUUACGUCACUCAUAUGGUUGGUAAAUGGCAUCUUGGUUUCUUUGAGUGGUCAUACACUCCGACCUACCGCGGUUUCGAGUCUUAUUAUGGGUUCUACACGGGCUGUGGGGAUCACUUCGAGCAUGAACGCCUCGGGAUUCUGGAUUUACGGGACGAUACCUCCCCUGUGCGGGACAUGAACGGGACGUACUCAGCCAACCUCUUUACUAAGGUAAGAAAGAAAAAUUGAGAAGUGGAGAAAGUUUAUUGAUUUUUUGCAGUACAAAAAGUACAGAUUAACUCAAAAACGCGGGGGAGUGGGAUCUGGCUCUACCUUUACCCCUAGGAUACAUUUAAGUUUCUAGGACAGUUCUCUUGAUUUUAGAGAUACCGACCUUCAUGUAGCUACUACAUCUACAAUCCGGAUACCACUGAAAAGCAGUCAUUUUUUCCUAUCCCUUUGGUAUCCGUGUGUCCGUAUUUAGGUUUGAUUUUAUGAUUUUCUUUAUUUCAAACAAAACCGUUUGGUUUAUAAGGUUUCGUUCUCUCUAUACCUCUUAGCAGCACAAAAGUCCUCUACUGGGCCAUUUCUCAAAACUGGGAACUGGAGAUAAAAAGCGCGGGGGGCGGGCGCUUGGAAGAGGAAAGAAAAGUCGUGCCCUUUAUUCUCUUUCAUUAUCUCUCGCAUGUUUACAACUCUUCUGUCUCUGCUAGUGAAAGCCUCUGAAGUGGGAAAUAACGUUACGCCAUGAUAACACUAAACCACUUUCAAGUAGUCUGUUCCAGGCGUUCGGAUAGUGGAGCGUGGCGCGAAGUCAGAGGGCGAGACAAAUAAGGAGAACCACUAUUUGUUUUUUCUGCUCACAUCUCUGUAGUCUUUGCGCGGUGUCCACACGAUCUGAACGCCUGAAACAUGCUGACUUUCCAGUAGAGAAAACCAUUUUUAUCUCUUUUAUCUUCCAAUACACAGCAAGCACUGAAAGUUAUCAAGGAGCACAAUUCUUCAAGGCCUCUCUUCCUGUACUUGCCGUUUCAAAAUGUUCAUUUUCCGGUUCAAGCACCGCAAAAAUACGUCGACAAAUACAGCUUCAUCGAAAAUAAGAUGCGGAGGACGUAUGCCGCCAUGCUGGAUAUUGUCGAUGAAGCUAUUGGUAACGUGACAAGGAGCUUAGAUAAAGCAGGGUAAUAUACAUUGAAUUCCUUUUACUUUCAGUACAGUUCGCGGAGCGCCGGUUUGCCGCACCUCUAAAGCAGUGGUUUGAACCCCAAACAGAAGCCAGAACAGCCGAGGCCGUCGUCUUAAUAAGAUUUAGCUUGUAAGGUCGUACAGGUUGUGAUGUACUUUAAUUCAGUCCACUCUGAUCAUUUAAAAAAGCAGCAGGUGACGUAGACUCUUGUUGUGUGGUAGAAAUCCUCUCCAUCGCAUAUCAUUGGAGUUUGCGUCGCGGCCCCUGACAUAACUUUAUUAUACUAAAAUGAAACGCUAAUUGACUGAGACGGUCCAGUAUCACUAUAUGCUAUGUUUGAUGGCUCAUAAGUGUAAAGAUGUUCAAGUAUUUGUCAGUGAUACUAGGGACGGGGGGCCACUAGGGACUUAAAGAUCCAAAGACGCGACGGCAACAAGAACGUCUCUUAAAAAGUGAAUUUCCGUUCUUUGAGUCUUUAUCGCAAUUAUUCCUUCCCACUUACCUUGUCAAAUGUAGGCGAACCCUCCUGGAAUUGAAUUCUUAGGGACCAUAUCCAAGUUCAAAAAGAGAAAUUAAAUUACGUCGUUGCUUGUUUAUGUCCUCCAUAAAAAGCGAAAAUAGGCAUUUUCACGUCGUAGUCGUGCAAAAACGUGCAAAGAAAUGUACAAAAACGCGUGAUGCAUGUGCAAAGUUGUUGUUUUGCUUAUAAAACUUAUUGUUUUUUUACGUUCUCGUUGCUGUCCGCGUUGGAUCUUAAACUCCCUACUGACCCUCGUUGACGUAGCCUGCGAGCAAGCUCUCCCCACUUACAGCAACGGAAACGAGCCGCGAGAGAACGCGGGUGGGAGCGGCGAAGCCACGAUGGGCCAUCAAACAUCCCCGCUCCUCGCACUCGCGUCCCCUUUCGCGAGCGGCUCUCGCGUGACUUCUUGCGACUCCCCCAUAUGGAGAGCUUGCUCGCAGGCUAUCAUCGAGGGUAUACUCUUAAUAUUUUUCAAAAGACUCAGUGAGGUGCCAUGUAAUUUAUAGGCACUGUACAAAUCACGAACGCGUGAGGUAAAAAAAUUAUCAAUUACCCUUUCAACGCAGCCUCUGGGACAACACUUUGUUCAUCUUCACCACUGACAACGGAGGACUUCCUGAGUCAGGAGGUUACAACUGGCCUUUGCGCGGACAGAAGAAAACUCUCUGGGAAGGAGGAGUACGAGGGGUAGCAUUUGUCCAUGGGCCAAUGCUGAAGAGAACAGGCGUGAAAAGUAAAGAAUUGCUUCACUCUACGGACUGGUAUCCCACACUAAUAAACCUCGCAGGUAAGAAGAAGAGGGAGGGAGGGGUACGAAGGGCUGGCUUUUGUACGCGGGUCGAUGCUUAAGAGAACAGGCGUCAAAGGCAAAGAAUUGCUUCACUCUGCGGACUGUUAUCCCACACUAAUCAACCUAGGAAGUAAGAAGGAGUGGAAGGGAGGGAGGGGUCCGAGGGGGUGGCCCUUGUCUAUGGACCAGUGUUAAAGAAGACUUGCAUAAAAAGCAAAGAUGGAAAGUAGUGCUUCACUCGACAGACUGGUAUCCUACACUGAUCGAUCGUCGUGAUACUUGAGCUUAAUCUUCGGUCCAAAUGCGGAAAGACGUAAUUUUUGUUAGCUUUUGUUUUGUUUUCACAUCACAGGUAUUCUUUAACUGAGUUUCUAGCAGGUUUUACGAGCGUGAGAUCACCUUUAACGGAAGUUACUCCUGAAACACACAAAAAUAUAUCAUUGGAUUCCGGCACAGCAAACAGGAUACUAUCCUUAAUGUAAUAGAACAAAAACGUAAAUAUUGCAGUUCAAGCUUUGUCAUACAUAAGACAUAAUCAAGUCCUUGAUUCUUUCAGGAGGAAAAGUCGAUAAUCAUCCUGUACCAGUAGACGGCUUUGAUGUAUGGGAGACAAUUUCAACAGGCAAGCCGUCUCCAAGAACUGAAAUUCUCCUGAACAUCGACUUAGCACCGAAGGAGAAGCAUUACCGAGGGAUGGAGUCUAUCGACCCCUAUUAUCAGGGCGCGGCAAUUCGUGUUGCAGAUAUGAAGCUGUUGGUCAGCUGUCCGAAUUCCUCUUGGUUCAAGCCACCAGAACUUCAUAACAAAGAAACGGUUAGUAAUUAAAGGUCUUUUAUGCCGAAUAUUUUUUUGAUGAAGAAAAUCUCGAUACUUUAGAGGAACCGAAUUCAUGAGUUCCCAAACACUGGUUGAUCGCUCUUUCCACUUAGCGUAGAGGAGAAUCAUGAAGGUCAAGGACAGUAACAAGUUACACAUACGACAAUUAUCAUGUUAACAAAAGGAUCAACGAUUUUGAGAGCGUACUAAUUUUUAUGGUCAUAACAGAAAAAAAAUACUAGUGUCGUUAAAAAUUAAGGGGCCUUCUGGGUGGUGGUUAGCCUGCGCUACAGACCGAACUAAACUUCUGGUUAAGUCCGUCUGCGAAACAGCGCCAAAAUCCUUGUUCUGGGCCCCAGCUGUGUACCAGGAUUUGAGUACGCGCCAUGAUUGGCCUGUUAAAAAUGCCAUUGUCGAUUUGCCAGUCAGGUACAAGGAAUGUACGAUACGCACUUCCGGCAAUUCGUUGAGUUCCCUGCUUCGCAGACGUUACUUACCGGGGUUAGAUUAACUGGAUUACGUCUGUGACGCAGGCUCAGAGGUGAUGUGAAGUUUUCGUUACCAUCCGCGGAAUAGAAACAGUUGACAACAUAUAUGCAUAUGGGUGCUUACAAUCCACCCGGAUGGAACUUUUGUGCAUCAACAUAAAACUAUAAAAUUUGACGUGGAGAGAGAACGACUCGCUACAAAGUAUAUCCAGGUCAGCUGAACAGACAAACAAGAGUUGAAAAAUUGUAUCGCAUCGAAACAAAGCCGGUAUUUUCUAAAGCCUUCCCACGCGGGAUGGCGCGAAUCAUUUGAUUUUCCAAACAAAAUUUGGUGUCCCUUGUAAAUGGUAAGCACCCAUAAUCUCCAACAAUUGAAACUUUCUGUUGUUUGGCUCCGAGGAAGGGACAUCUUACAGCGGCACCUAGUCCGUGUAUUGCCUUUUUUUUUUCGUUUCGUCUAAUGUUGUCUAAAGACGAUUGCCUCUUUUCCGUCAUUUACAGAAUUCUCAUGCGAGAGGUUUAAUUGAAGUUGCUCUUUACAAUGUUACUGCUGAUCCUACAGAACACAAUGACUUAAGCGAAACAUUGCCUGACGUCGUCCAAAAAUUGCAAGACAGACUGGAGUUUUACAAACGUAGCGCUGUACUCCCUCUGAACAAGCCUGCGGACAGUCAGGCUUGGGAUGUUGCGCGGAAGAAUGGCAUUUGGACGCCUUGGAGAAGCAAGGUGGAAGAGGAAGUCCAAUAA